AUGAGGGAGGAGCCGGUUUUGAUUUUAUCAGAUUCAAGGUCUGCUUUGCAGCUUUUAUCCUACUCUUCUGGGCACUCAUAUCGCGAAAUUGUCUUCAAGAUACAGGAGUUGAUGCUUGUCAAGGGACUAGAAAAAGUGGCAAUUUGCUGGAUCAGAGGACACAUCGGGAUCCGUGGGAAUGACGUGGCAGAUAGGGUAGCAAACCUUGCACAUUCUAACGACCGCACAGCAAGAUCUCAACUGUGCUUCGAGGAGUGGAUCUGCACCUUGAAUUCACUCACCGUUAAAGAGUGGGCACGCCAAUGGUCAGCCGACGUGCAAGAAACAGGAAAGGGGACCUUCCGAAGAAGCUUGGGACCUGAGAUAUCCUAUGUGGACUAUGGAUCACUACCACGUUCUGUUGAAUGCGCUGUGUCACGUCUGCGCCUGGGGCAUGCUGGUGUUAACGCUCAUCUGGCCAGAUUCAACUUGGCCAACUCCAGUAAUUGUCCAGAAUGUAAUGUAGAGGGCACAAUCAGACACCUCAUCCUGCACUGCACGCUGUUCAUCAACCAACGAAGAGAAUUCCGCACAAGACUGGAGGGCCUGUCUCUUCCCUGGGAGCUGUCCUCAGUUCUUGGAGGUGGUGAUGCCCCAAUGAGGAAACGCACUGCUGCCAUCCGUCUCUUUGGUCAAUAUCUGCUUAGCUGCAAUGUGGUGAUCAGGCUGUGA